AUGCGCUCUAGUAUUGCCUGUGCUCGCUGUCGGCGGAGCAAGAUCAAAUGUGUGAACGCUGGCAUUGACACAACUUGUCGCGCGUGUGAGUCCUCUGGCCGAGAAUGUGUAUAUCCCGCCCCCGCAAUCGGCAUGGGCGGUGGUGCCGCGAAACGGGACCUUGCCGCCCUGGCGGAGGGCGAGGAGCGCAACGGCGAUUGGGACAGCCCCAAGCGACAACGCUCGCGCAAGACCGUUGGUCUCUCUUCUACAGCUGCUAAAGAUGCGUCCAGGAUUGGUGCCGAUGUGCUUGAUGCAUCAAUCCUGACCAACAAAGUUUGGGAUGCCGUCUUCGAUCUUUUCCAAUCCCACUUCGCGACUAUGCUACCCUUCGUACAUCCCGCAUCUUUUAUCGGCCAAGCGCGUCAGCUUUCCUCCAAUUCCUCUAACCCCUCUCCACCGAACAACGCCGAUGCGACACGCGAUCCCGCGCAAAGUCCUCCUGCGACUAAAUCAGAUCUCAACCCGCUCAUUCCCCUCGGUGUACUCGCUCUUACGGCACGUUUUCACCCUCAACUUGUCGCAUACCACUCUCCAUCGUCCCCUGGAAACCCCUCCAAUCCUCUAGUUGCCUCCGAAUAUUAUGCGACAGCGUUGCGCAGCCGGCUGGCCGGCGUUGAUGGUGCUAGUCUGGCAGUGCCCGAUUUGACGCGCGUACAAGCCUUGCUGAUGCUGGCCUUGCAUGAAUGGGGAAUGUGCCGUGGGAGGAGUGCUUGGCUAUACGUGGGGAUGGCCAUUCGGCUUUCUCAAGCGAUGGGUCUGCCCUUUGAGCUGGAGAAUGAGAUGCCGUUUCGUGAGGGGCCUCGAUCUCCCGUUCUCAAAACGGAAGCCGACCUAUUCGGGCUCCCCAGGCGUCCUGUCGAGCAACGGGAACAAACUUCCGACGAUGUCAUCGCCCAAGAGACGAAACGUCGUACCUUUUGGGCCUGUUUCAUCCUCGACCGGUGUCUGAGCAGUGGCAAGUACCGCCCUCGCAUGAUUCGCGUCAAGGAGCUCGCCAUCCAGCUCCCCAGUGAUAACGCCUUUGCUUUUGGAGAACGUGUUCGAACGUCACGCUUGAGUGAGCCCGCAGUGCGUCGCCCCACAAGUUUCGGUGCUCAGGGAGUUCAGAUUCCCAGCAUUCGACAAAGCUUAGGAGGCUUAGGAGACGACCGAAUGCCGAGUGCUGGUCCGGGAGAUGCAAAAGCGUGGUCUCCUAUCUCCCGUCGGAAAGACUCGAGUGAGGAUGAGAUCGAUCGCUGGGAAGUCGGUGCUGAAGAGUCCGUCCACAGUCGAAUUAUCCGUAUAAUUCGCAUCUGGGGCAGCAUCGCCAAAUGGUCGUGUGCUGGGGGGAGAAGUAGAACUGAGCAAUGGCCUCCGUGGCACCCUGAGUCACGCUUUUCGAAGCUUCGAGCAAUGCUGAGCGAAUUCCAGGAUGGGUUGUCCCGCAAUCUUCAGUACUCUCCUCGCAACACCGACACCCACAUCAUGUACAAGAAUAACACUCUCGCUCCUUACACUGUCAUGCAUGUGGUCCACUUCCUGUCGGUGAUUGUUCUUCACCGUGCUUACAUCCCCUUCCUCCCGGUACGAUGCACCGAACCUGUCGGACCGUUGGAUGAGCCGCUCUUUCCAAUGGAAAAGGCCGGACUUGCUGAUGGGUUCUGGCGUGAAAGUGCUCGGGUGUUGUUCAGCGCGGCCCGACAAAUGAUGGACCUGGUCGUGACUUGCCAGGAUCGAGGAGUGCUGGUAGAAAACCCUCUCGUGGGGUUCGCAGUGUACAAUGCUGUCUUCAUCGGGAUUUACGCUGCUCAUUUUCCGCACAUGGACCCAGAUGGGGUACUGGCCUCGAAGAAUAUGAGCGAUCGAAACACGCAGGGACAAGCGCAAGCCCGGAAAGCACUUGAUGUCCUGCGUGAGAUGCGACCUCGCCUCAAGAUGGCGCGUGGCUGGUUCCGCACUUUGAAUCGGUUGCACACGUACUUCUCCAAGGUCAAACGUGACUUUCGGCGGCAAUCGCGCAAAUCGGACCCGGCUGACCCGGCCGAUGCUCACGCCAAUGGAAUUCGCCCUGUACGUGAGGGCGGAUCGGGCGGCGGUCUUGAGGAGUUCAAGCUUCUGGAGAAGUUGUUCCUUGAUUUUGGUAUUAUCGAAGACCAACUUCCAGAGAGUGGCGCCGACGAUGACGGUCUUGCUGCUGCGAGUGAACGGGCUACGAUCCUUAGCGAUGCAGGCAGUAAUGCUGUCCGCAGCGAGACUGGAGACACUGGAGAGCCUCCCUUAGAUGGCGCGGGGGGCAGACGUGAGUCUUGGGUCCCUAUCAACAGCCCUGGUAUGCCGCUGCCCGGACCCGACGGCGAACGUCGGCCUAGUCUUCCAUUGCCACCUAAUCGCUCCUUGCAAUCUCAAUCCCCUUACUCUCUCCCGUCUUUGCAACACCAUCCGGAUGGGUCGUUGUAUAAUUCGUCGUCCCCCAACCUUCCUUCGCUGGGACCGCCUGGACCAUACGGCGUUCCGCCAUCUACAUCGACCCCGGCGUCUUCGCAGUACAAUGGUCCAGGAGCAGCUUCCAACCGCCUGCAGCCGUUGAAUUCCUGGCUCAAUCGCACUCAGCCACCUCCUCCUUAUUCUCAAUCACUUCCUCCGAUCAAUGCGGCAGCGUCAUCACAUGGAUUGCCAUUGUUGCCCCCUCCUGGCUCAGUCGGCCACCCUGGCGCCUCCCCGCCAGUGACCGUGGAUGGACUGGAAGUUGUUAACACUAAUAGCUUGUGGUCAACGAGCUUGGGUGGAGACGAUGUACUUGCCUUUCUAGAGGGGUGCGAGUAUGAUCAACUACCAGCCACAGUUUCUCCAGAGAGUACCCCGACUGGGUGGCUCACCACCGUGUGGACCGAGUUUGCCCGCUGA